ACUGCCGCAAGUAAAUCAUCUUUAAACCUUGCAUUCACAGCAAGAAGCUUGCUCUACAAGUCCGCAUUCACAGGUUUGCCAUUCGCUUGCCUUCGACCAACGUCAGCCUUACGAGCUUUCAAUACUGCCUCCUGUACCAACUUCCAGAACUUCACCAUGAACGGAUCGAAUGGAAUACCCCGCACAAAACGGAAACAACAUCCGGGCGAGGUGGAAGAGCGGCCGCAAAAGCAAUACCGUGGACUGAAUGGCAAGGAAUCCGCGGGAGAGAACACGCCUGAGGUGGCCUCUUCCGAGGAAGACCUUGAGAUGGAGAUAGAGGAGCCUAGAAUACUGGCCGCUAUGGCAGACACCGCAGAAUGGCAAGAAACUAUUGAGAAUGUUGUCCGGAAUGUGGUCUCCAUCAGAUUCUGUCAAACCUGUUCCUUCGACACCGACGCAGCCUUGACCAGCGAGGCAACCGGUUUUGUCGUGGAUGCAGAGCGAGGUUACAUUAUGACAAACCGACACGUGGUGGGAUCGGGUCCGUUCUGGGGAUACUGCAUAUUCGAUAACCACGAAGAGGUUGACGCAUACCCCGUGUACCGAGACCCUGUGCACGAUUUCGGCAUCCUUCGUUUCGAUCCUAAAGCUAUCAAGUAUAUGCCAGUUGCAGCUCUACCUUUACGACCAGACCUCGCGAAAGUUGGCUCGGAAAUCAGAGUUGUAGGUAAUGAUGCUGGGGAAAAACUUAGUAUUCUUUCUGGAGUGAUCAGUAGACUCGACAGAAAUGCACCGGAAUACGGAGACGGUUACUGCGAUUUCAACACGAAUUAUAUACAAGCUGCUGCAGCUGCGAGUGGUGGAAGUUCUGGCAGUCCGGUGGUCAAUAUUGAUGGAUAUGCUGUGGCUCUGCAGGCUGGUGGCAGGAGUGAUGGUGCAGCUACAGAUUAUUUUCUUCCCCUCGAUCGUCCUUUACGAGCUUUAAAAUGCAUACAAGACAGCAAACCGGUUACUCGCGGAACCAUACAAUGCCAAUGGAUGAUCAAGCCAUUCGACGAAUGCCGGAGACUAGGGCUAACUCCUGAAUGGGAGAGUGCUAUCCGAAAGAACUUCCCCAAGGAGACGGGCAUGCUGGUAGCAGAAAUUGUUCUACCGGAUGGCCCAUCAGACAAUAAAAUUGAGGAGGGAGAUGUUCUCAUCAAGGUCAAUGGGGAACUGUUAACUCAGUUUGUCCGACUCGAUGACAUCCUUGACUCGAGCGUGGAUGGCAAGGUCACUCUUCUCUUACAGCGUGGCGGGGAAGACAUGGAGGUGGAAGUCAAGGUUGGAGAUUUGCACGCCAUCACCCCAGAUCGUUUCGUAUCCGUUGCAGGAGCAAGCUUCCACAAUCUAUCAUACCAGCAAGCUCGGCUAUAUGCCGUAGCAUGUAAGGGUGUAUUUGUCUGCGAAGCAACUGGAUCUUUCAGGUUUGAGAGCACAGAUAAUGGCUGGAUUAUCCAAACAGUGGAUCACAAGCCGACUCCUGAUCUAGAUGCAUUUAUCGAAGUUGCUAAAGACAUCCCAGAUCGAGCCCGAGUGGUCGUCACAUAUAAGCAUCUUCGAGACCUACACACUUUAAAUACCGGCAUUAUUCACAUUGACCGUCAUUGGUCAAGUAAGAUGAGACUGGCUGUCAGGAACGACAUAAGUGGGCUUUGGGACUUCACGGAUCUAGCUGAUGCCCUCCCUGCCGUUGCUCCUGUUCGGAGAUCUGCUAGCUUCAUCCAACUUGAAAAUGCGCAACAUCCCGCUGCAGCAGACAUUGUACGCAGUUUUGUUCGUGUUUUAUGUCAUAUGCCAGUAAAAUUGGAUGGCUUCCCUCGGAAUCGGAAAUGGGGAAUGGGUGUUGUUAUUGAUGCAGAGAAGGGAUUGGUUGUUAUCUCGAGAGCAAUAGUCCCCUAUGAUCUCUGUGACAUCUCUAUUACCAUUGCAGACUCAAUUAUCGUGGAAGGAAAAGUUGUCUUCCUCCAUCCUCUACAAAACUACGCCAUCAUCCAAUACGAUCCAUCCCUCGUUGAUGCUCCUGUACAAAGUGCCAAGUUGAGCACUAAACACAUCACCCAAGGAGCAUCCACCUACUUCGUCGGCUUCAACCAAAACAUGCGCGUAGUCAGCGCCCAAACAACAGUCACAGACAUCACCGCCGUCGCAAUUCCAGCCAACUCUGGCGCCCCUAGAUACCGAGCUGUCAACGUCGACGCCAUCACGGUCGACACAAGUCUAUCCGGCCAAUGUGGAAGCGGUGUCCUCGUCGCAGAAGACGGUACUGUCCAAGCCCUCUGGCUAACCUACCUCGGCGAGCGCUCCCCCGUCACCUCAAAAGACACCGACUAUCACCUCGGCCUCGCAACCCCGUCGCUCCUCCCCGUCAUCACCAAAAUCCAGCGGGGCGAACAGCCAAAACUGCGUAUGCUGAGUGUAGAAUUCAACGCUAUACAGAUGAGUCAGGCGCGCAUCAUGGGCGUGAGCGAAGAAUGGAUCAAGAAAGUAGCCCUGGACAACUCAUCCCGGCAUCAACUAUUCAUGAUUCGCAAACGCACCUUUGAGCGUGGUGACCAGUCUGCGGCGCUCAUGGAAGGCGAUGUGAUUCUCAGCCUCAAUGGCAAAAUUAUUACGCGCGUAAAUGAGCUAGAUGUAAUGUACGACCACGAAGUCCUCGAUGCGGUCAUCGUGCGCGAUACUGUGGAAAUGGCCAUCAAACUGCCUACCGUCUCAGCUGAUGAUCUGGAGACUGAUCGCGCAGUGAGCUUCUGUGGUGCAAUUUUGCAUCGCCCGCAUCAUGCUGUUCGGCAGCAAAUCAGUAAGCUGCAUAGUGAGGUGUAUGUGUCGGCGCGCACAAGGGGAAGUCCGGCGUAUCAGUAUGGGCUUGCGCCAACGAAUUUCAUUACGCAUGUCAACGGAAAGAAAACCCCCGACCUUGAGACUUUCUUAAAGGCUGUAGUGGAUAUUCCUGAUAAUACUUAUUUCCGCCUCAAAGCUAUGACGUUCGACAACGUGCCCUGGGUAAUCACUAUGAAGAAGAACGACCAUUACUUCCCGUGCAUGGAAUGGAUCAAAGACCCUUCUGAAUCUUCUGGCUGGCGACGCGUCACAUAUGAGCAAGGCAAGAAGAUCGAGGGGGAAGGACAUGAUGGGAUCAAUGUUGUUGCGGGGGGUGGUGAUACGUUUGAGAUGGAUGAUGUUGGGGGCUUAGAGGUGGGCAGGCAGGAGUAA